CGUGACUUCGUUUGUUGACGUGUGUUCGUGUGUUCAUCAGAGCCGGGCGCAAUGUCAUUCCUGCCGAGCCGAUAUUUUCUAAUAUAAUGCCAGAUCAAGGGUCUUCCUUAAACAAUCCAGGCGCAUGAACACCUCUCCGGAUGAUUAGACCGAAGGAGCACGUCGUUCUUUAAUGUUUUUGUCUUUAUCUUUAGGAGGGAUAUUUUUGCCAGCCUGGUUGAAAGGACAGCUUAUGAAGUUCAUCGUGAAAGUACGAAGGUUGUAAAGCAGUGGCUGGGAACUAACCAUGGCUGUGUGGCGACAGUUUGGCCUACUUCUCUGGAAGAACUACCUACAGCAAAAGCGUCAGAUCUUGGUGACGUUGGUGGAGAUCACACUGCCCCUCCUGUUCUCUGCCAUCCUGAUUGUACUGCGUCAGAAGGUGUCCUUUACCAACUACCCCAAUGCCACGCAUUACGAUAGUUUCUCACUGGAACAGCCUCCUGAUAAGUUGCCCAUAGGCCUGCAACUCGCCUACGUGCCGGCAAAUUCCAGCAUAGUACGCCAGGUGGCUGAGGAUGUGCAGCUCAGUCUGGAACAUGGCACCAUCAGUGCUGUGCGUGGGUUUGAGACUGAGCAUCAGUUUGAGGAGUUUGUGAAGACAGACCCUGAAUCAGCAAAGAUCCUGGCAGCAGUGGUGUUUGAGCACUUGUUUACUCAAGAUGAUGAACCUCUCCCACUUCAGGUCAGGUAUCACCUGCGCUUCACCUAUAACCCCCGAAAUGCUCCUCCCAAGGAAAAAUCAGAGCUGAAUCCAAACAAUGACCUUGACUGGCACACUCUCGGCCUGUUCCCCCUCGUUCAGUUGCCUGGACCUCGAGAGCAGCACGAUUCUUAUGGGGGCACUCCAGGUUAUUACCGUGAGGGCUUCCUAAUGGUUCAGCAUGCUGUGGAUCGAGCCAUCAUGAAGGCCUACAACAGGACAGCAGCGACUGCCCUCUUCAUGCAGACACGGGUCGUGCUGUCACGCUUCCCUUACCCGGCUUACAUCUAUGAUGUCUUCAUCCUGGCCAUCCAGAACCAGCUGCCCCUCUUGCUAGUGCUCAGCUUCACCUACACUUCCCUCAAUAUUGUCCGAGCCAUAGUGCAGGAGAAGGAAAGAAAACUCAAGGAAUACAUGAGAAUGAUGGGUCUGAGUAACUGGCUGCACUGGAGUGCCUGGUUCCUCAUGUUCUUCAUUUUCCUCUCCAUCUCUAUCUUCUUUGUCACCUUACUCUUCUGUGUCCAGGUGAGUCCAAAUGGAGCAGUGCUGACCUAUAGUGACCCUACACUAGUCUUCGUCUUCCUCCUUGUUUUUGCCGUGGCUACUAUCAGCUUCUGUUUCAUGAUCAGCUCCUUCUUCUCCAGAGCUAACGUUGCAGCAGCAGCAAGUGGUUUCCUCUACUUCUUUAGCUACCUGCCAUACCUCUUCAUGUGGCCACGUUAUGACCUGCUAUCCCACGCUCAGAAGGUUUCUGUCUGUCUCAUCUCCAAUGUAGCGAUGGCUAUGGGUGCCCAACUUAUUGGCAUGUUUGAAGGCAAAGGCAUGGGGAUCCAGUGGAGUAAUCUGUUUGAGCCUGUGACUGUGGAUGAUGACUUCUCACUGGGUCAGGUUCUUGGGCUCUUGCUGCUGGACUCCAUACUCUACAGCCUGGUGGCUUGGUACAUAGAGGCUGUCUUCCCCGGCGAGUAUGGAGUGCCACGACCAUGGUACUUUUUCAUACUGCCCUCAUACUGGUGCAACAGCCCUCGAUUUGCCCUGCUGAAAGAGAAGGAGGAAGAAGAGGAUGCAGAGAAAGUGCUGAAAGGAGAGUUCAUUGAAGAAGAGCCGACAGGAUUAAUCUCUGGGGUCAAAAUCAAGCACCUGGCCAAGGUUUUUAAAAUGGGCAAUAAGACUAAAGAAGCAGUGAAGGAUCUCACAUUAAACAUGUAUGAAGGCCAGAUCACGGUGCUGCUAGGACACAACGGAGCCGGAAAGACUACCACACUGUCUAUGCUGACUGGCUUGUUUCCUCCCAGCAGUGGCCGAGCUUACAUCAAUGGCUACGAUAUAUGCCAGGAUAUGGUUCUGAUCCGCCGCAGCCUAGGCCUGUGCCCACAACACGAUGUGCUUUUUGACAACCUCACAGUCAGAGAGCAUCUGCUUUUCUAUGCCCAGCUGAAGGGUUACCCUCGUGAAAAGAUUCCAGAUGAGGUGGACCGCAUCAUCCGUAUCCUAAAACUGGAGGAUAAGAGGAGUGCACGGUCAAAGACCCUUUCAGGUGGAAUGAAGCGCAAGCUUUCUAUCGGAAUUGCACUUAUUGGAGACUCGAAGGUGGUGAUGCUGGACGAGCCUACCUCUGGCAUGGACCCAUCAGCCAGGCGAGCCACAUGGGAUCUUUUGCAGGGCGAGAAACGAAGUCGUACCAUCCUUCUCACCACGCACUUCAUGGACGAGGCGGACCUACUGGGAGACCGCAUUGCUAUUAUGGCUGAUGGGGAACUCCAAUGCUGUGGCUCACCUCUCUUCCUCAAGAACAAAUACGGUGCUGGCUACCACAUGGUGAUAGUAAAAGAUGUGUUGUGUAAUGUAUCAGAGAUCAGCCGCCUGGUCCACAUGUACGUCCCCAAUGCCACCCUGGAGAGUAGCGCUGGGGCUGAACUUUCCUACAUCCUGCCAAAAGAGAGCACUAGCCGGUUCGAGCUUCUGUUUGCUGAACUGGAAAUGAACAGAGAGGAGUUGGGCAUCGCAAGCUAUGGAGCAUCUGUUACCACCAUGGAGGAAGUUUUUCUUAGGGUCGGGAAGCUGGUGGACUCCAGUCUAGACAUUCAGGCCAUUCAGCUUCCAGCCCUGCAGUACCAGCAUGAGCGAAGGUCACAUGACUGGACGGUUGACGAUACUAGCAGUAUCAGCGGCAUGACUGAUGUGACUGACUUCACCGAUAGUGGCACACUGAUCUCAGAGGACUGCUCCAACAUCAAACUCAACACAGGGGCUAAGCUGUACAUGCAGCAGUUCUAUGCCAUGUUCCUGAAGAGGGCACUGUAUAGCUGGCGGAACUGGAAGGUGAUGGUGGCACAGUUUUUAGUGCCACUUAUCUUCACAGUAGUCGCCCUUGUGGUGGCUCAGACUCUCCCUGGGCAGCACAAAACCCCAGAACUUCCCCUAGCACUCAGCCGCUAUGGCCCCACCACUGUGCCCAUGGCCCUGGAUUCUAAUGCUGGACCCCUGGCUACAGCGCUUGCUGAAGCCUAUGCUGCCCAACUUGCUGCCCAGAGCGCCAGACCAGUGACCAACCUAACUGACUUCUCUGAGUAUGUACUGAACAAUGCCAUGAUGGAAGGAGGAGCCUUCAACGAGCGCUGCGUGGUGGGUGCUGCUUUUCGUGGCCGAACUACGAGGUUUGCUGAAAUCACUGGCUACUUCAACAACCAAGGCUACCACACACCGGCUACUGCGCUCAUGCUGGUGGAUAAUGCACUGUACAGGCUCCUGGCUGGCCCCAGCGCUUCCAUCCAGACAGGAAACAAUCCCAUGCCCCGUAACGUGUCAGAGACAGCCCAGAGCCAGUUCUCAGAGGGUCAGACUGGCUUUGCCAUAGCCAUUAACCUAAUGUAUGGAAUGGCAUCCUUGGCCAGUACCUUCGCCCUGCUCCUGGUGAUUGAGCGCGCUGUGAAGUCCAGGCACGUACAGCGGGUCAGCGGAGUCUACCUCUCCAACUUCUGGUUCUCUGCAUUGCUCUGGGAUCUGAUCAACUUUGCACUGCCUUGUCUUCUAAUGCUGGUUGUGUUCCGUGCGUUUGGGGUGAAGGCCUUUGUUGAGGAAAAUCACAUGGUAGAUGUGCUGCUUUUGUUGCUGCUCUAUGGCUGGGCUGUGAUUCCACUAAUGUACCUGCUCAGCUUCCUGUUCUCUAGUGCUGCCACUGCUUACACACGCCUCACCAUCUUCAACAUCAUCAGUGGCACAGCCACCUUCCUUGCCGUCACCAUCAUGACCAUCCCUGAGCUGCAGCUGCAGAAUCUUUCACGUUUACUGGAUAAAGUAUUCCUGCUAUUCCCCAACUACUGCCUGGGCAUGUCCUUUAGCCAGUUCUACCGAAACUACGAGACCAUUAGCUUCUGUACCACCAGCUUCCUCACUAAAGACAUCUGCCAUCUUUACAACAUCACCUAUCAGCUAAAUUACUUCUCUAUGAAUGAACCCGGAGUGGGCUGCUACUUGGUGGCCAUGUCCCUGCAAGGUGUGGUUUUCCUCGUCCUUCUCUUCGUCAUCGAGCUCCAGUGCAUCAAUACACUCUUCAGCCUCUGCCGGAGAUGCAAGAAGGGUAUGCUGAUCGGAGAAGAAGCCCUUCAACCUGAGGAUAGAGACGUGGCCGAUGAGAGAAAGAGGGUUUUGGAAUGCCAGCCUGUGGUGGAGUCCAUGGUGGGCAGUCCUCUUAUUCUGCAAGAACUUACCAAGGUGUACCCAGGGAGUCAGUCUCUGCUGGCAGUGGACCGCUUGUCCCUGGCUGUGGGGAAAGGUGAAUGCUUUGGCCUGCUAGGUUUUAAUGGAGCUGGAAAGACAACUACGUUUAAAAUGCUGACUGGAGAUGAGACUGUGACUGCAGGGGAUGCCUUCAUCGAUGGCUACAGUAUUCUCCGCGAUGUGAAGAAGGUACAGCAGCGAAUCGGCUACUGUCCUCAGUUUGAUGCUGUGCUGGAUCACAUGACUGGCCGUGAGACUCUUAGCAUGUAUGCAAGGCUCAGAGGAAUCCCUGAGAAAUAUGUGUUUGCAUGUGUGGAGAAUGUGCUCCGCUCAUUGCUCCUGGAGCCACACGCUGACAAACUGGUCCGCAGUUACAGUGGGGGCAACAAGAGGAAGCUGAGUGCAGGUAUGGCUCUGAUUGGCGGGCCACCUGUCAUCUUCCUGGAUGAGCCGUCCACUGGCAUGGACCCCGUGGCCAGACGCUUGCUCUGGGAUGCAGUCACACGCACCAGAGAAUCUGGCAAAGCCAUUAUUAUCACCUCACACAGUAUGGAGGAGUGUGAGGCUUUGUGCACUAGACUGGCUGUGAUGGUCAAUGGACAGUUCAAGUGUCUGGGCAGCCCACAGCAUCUAAAGAGCAAAUUUGGCAGUGGAUACACACUGUUGGCCAAAAUCCACAUGGAGGCUGAUUUAGAGGAGAUGGACCUUCAGCACUUUAAAGACUUCAUCGAGAGCAUCUUCCCUGGUAGCGUACUGAAGGAUGAACAUCAGGGAAUGGUACAUUAUCAUUUGACUGACAAAACAUUAACCUGGGCUCAGGUUUUUGGGACACUUGAGGCAGCUAAGGAGAAAUAUAGGAUUGAGGACUAUUGUGUGAGUCAGAUCUCAUUGGAGCAAGUUUUCCUGAGCUUUGCUCAGUUCCAGCACUGUUCAGAAGGCCAGCGGAAAUCACACUGAGAAAAAAGAGAGCUGAAGACUCCUGUAGUUUUCCUUAUUUUGUGCCUUUAUGUGGUGCAACUUGGGCUGAGAGAUUUUUCUCCACAUGUUCAGGUCUCAGAAAAUUUCUUUCUCUUCCCCAUACACCAACACAAAGGUGUCAACCACUGUACUGUACUGCACUGAUACUGUACUUCACUUAUCACAGAUGUUGGAAAGUACUUUUUUUUUGAGGUCUGGACUAAACAUGUGUAGUGUAUGUUUGUGUGUGUCUGUGUAUGCAGGUAUGUGUGUGUGUGUGUGUGUGUGAGUGGCAGUCAUUGCAAGCAGUGUGUUUGGGUGGAGAGGUUUUUUCGCCCACACCAAAUACAACAGUCAAGGUGCAUUCACACAUACAGUGACUCGCUGCGACAAAGCGACCGGAGACCAUUCAUUUUCAAUGUGAGCUGGCGACUUCCGUUGACAUGAGAGACAGCAACCAUUGGCAACUAGAUGUGGGCAUGUCCAUAGACUUUGAAAGCUGAGAAAAGUUCAACUUUACUGCAAAUUUGUAGUGAUUUGGUGCAGUGACUACCAAAGGGAGUGAAGACACUAGAGCGCAAAUGAUCCGUAGCUACCCGUGCUCACUAGCAGAAGCAGCGCCAUUGCGGUGGUAUAGCAUAUAUAUAGCACAUAUAGUGAAUGACACCCUGAUGGUGAUGCUCACUUACUGAGAUAGGAGCUACACCGGGAUUUUGCUCGAUUGAAACAAAAAGUGAGUGUGUUUCAUUAUUAUUAUUUUUCUUUAAACGCGCUAAGGCCAUAAGCUAAGCUAAUUGGCACUUGCGCUUUUCCCACAGAUAGAUGGCCGCAAUGGCAAAGAGCGCACACUGCUUCUCCUUCAUCUCAUAGGAUGCAAUGUAUAUAUACACUGCUGAAUUUUAUAUCAGAUCGCUCUCCCUCCAGAAUGUUUAAUUUUAGCAGUAAGAAAUCUGGUUUGUUGUCUCAAGUGGAAUGCUAGUUGCGCCGCCCAUGUUACGAUGGCAACCAGUAGUAGAAACGCCUACUGGCGACUUCAUAGUACAGAGACUGGCGACUUGCAUCAAUAAAUUGCUGUACGUGUGAACACACCUUAAAUCCUUAAUCUAUUAAGUUUUAAAGUCUUUUGCACCACUUGUGGCUGGAAGCUCAUUCUGAAUCAUGAUUGUAUGAUGGACCAGGAUUAUGUGUAAAUGUCUACAUGUGUAUGAAGCUGCUUAUGAUAUGUAUGACUUUGAUUGUUUGUUUGUUUCUUUCUUCUUUUUUUUUUUGCUGCAGUCAGACGUUUGACCGUGUGUGUAUUCAAGCUGUGCUGCAAAAAAUAGUCACCUUAAAGAAUCAAAAUAAAUUUAUAAACAAUGGCAUGCCAUCCAUAUCUCUCAAAGCAAACACAUGCAGCUACAAUGCAAUACAUAAAUGUCUGUUUUUUUGGGGGGUCGGGGGGUACAUUUUUCUGUUUUUUUCUGAAAGAGGGCUUGUAUGAACUAUUUGCAAAACCAAUCUUAUACACAUUUUUUUUCUUCCUAACACAUUACUUUACGUAGACAAUAUUUGCACUGGAAACCAUCCUCCAAAGUUAUAGUUUAACAUGUUUGAAAUACUUUUUUUUUAACUGAACAAACAGAACACAUUAAUUAUUGCCUAUUUACAUUGAUACUGUCUUGCUUUGUGUUUCCUGAAAAUAAUAGCACAUACACUACAUGGCCAAAAGGAUGUAGACACCUGACCAUCACAUUUAUAUUUUCUUAUUGCACAUCCCGUUCCAGAGUAGGUUCCCCCUUUGCUGUUAUAAUAACCAACAUUCUUCUGGGCAGGCUUUCUACUAGAUUUUGAAAUGUGGGUGUAGGGAUUUGUACUCAUUCAGAUUAGAGAGGUCAGGCACUGAUGUUGGGCAAAAAGGCUUGGUAUGUAGUCUGACAGCUGUGCGCUUUCAACUUUGUGCUAACAGUUUGGGGAAGAACCACAUAUAGGUGUGAUGGUCAGGUGUACACAUACUUUUAGGCAUAUAGUGUAGUAUGACAGGAAACCAAAAAUGGUUUAGAACAUUCUAAUAACUGAAAUAAUGAAAUGUAGUACCUUUACAUGACCACAGUCAAAAUAGCGGCUGCUUCAGGCGUCAAGGCUCUGUGUUAAAUUCUCAUCAGGGUUCUAGUAAAACAUCACCUGUGUUGUGACUCAGUAUAGACUGGUUGCAAAAUUUUUCAAUUCAAACAUAAUUGACAUAGUAUGUGUAGGCUUUUUUGUAUGUUGUGUAACGAAUGGUACCUAGUCGUCCUAUUCACUAUUGAUUCCAAAGGAAAAGUGACACUACUUUGCUGCAUGCAUGUACCCAACUUGUAAAUGUUCAACUGUUUAAGACUGUGCUUUAUUUUAUAGUCCUGGACAAAGUAAAUCUGCAUUACUGAUCCGGGCCAGUCAAUUUCACAUCAGUCUUAAAAAAUUUUUUUUUUUAAAAAUGGAUUAACAAAAUAUGGCUCUUGAGUGUAGAUCACUAGUAGUCAAAGCUUCUAUUGUACGUUCAGUUGUAAUUGGUACCUUUCUAAUAUCCUGACUAACAUUCUGAUUCAUUCGGACGCAUUGUGAGUAAAUCGUAUGUUAUAUUCACCCAAGUUUGACUAAGUUGAUGGGUGACUCACUAUUGUGUGUGCCCUCUACUGGUCAGCUACUGGUGCGGCUUAAAGGUCUAAUUGUGUACAUGUACAGGGCUUCUGUUUUUAAUAUGUAUUUUUUAAUUGAUUUUCAUUUGUACAUUUGCACAAUACAAUAGCUUUCACUUUUGAGCUGAUUGUUGUAAACUGAACUGAUGCUUUUUGAGGUGAGAUGACUUUUUUUAAUGAACAUAACUAUGUUGAAUAUAGUGGUAAUAAUCUUACAUGGAUAAACGGGAAUUGAGAUCCUAUGUACUGUACAAUUGAAUUAAUGUUGACUAAAGUGUAUUAAUUGCCAUUUCUUUUUCUUUCUUUUUUUUUUUUUUAAUUAAAUUUGCCUUAAGAAAGAAUGGACUGAAACUGUGAUAUUUCAUUAUCCAAGGUGGUCAUCCUGAUGACAUACUGUUUAUGGAUCCCUAUUUAAAUAUUUAGUAAUGUAAACUACUCACUUUGUGCACAGGGACAUUGUCAUGCUGGAACAUGCAAAGUCUAUGACAGCAAAGGCUAGGACCCUUAGUUCCACUGUUUCCCAAUCACUAGCUGGAUGUCACAUAGCCAAAUCAAAGCUUUAGCGUGAUAAUGCAUCAUUAGCAAUGCAUUUUAAUGUCAUUUGUAAAAGCUUAUGCUUUGUGUGUGCCUUAGCACACAUUCUUUAUAAUUUCGCUUUAAAUCUGUAGACCUCAAUCAUUUAAGCUGUAAAUAAUUAUCCAGUAUAUAAUGUAUUUCCUAAAGUACUUCAGAGUUAAAUGUUUACUAGCUAUUUUGUCUUCUGAUUAUGGAAGUUAAGUGAGUGAUUAAGUGGAAGUGAGUGAGUGAGUGGGUGUUUUUUUCCCCCCCUUUGUUUUUUGUUUUUGUUUUUAAGACUGAGGGCUGGUUAGCCCACUACUAAAAGAAGCCUUUAAUAAACAUUCUCUAGAUCA